AUGGUUGAUGGUCCUGUACCAGCAAACCCGACUUGGAUGGUUCUGAUGAACGUUGCUAUUCAGGAGAUCAUGCGUACCUUGGAGGUACCUCAAGAUUGCUCGGACUGUGAAGAGGUGCUCAAGGAGAUUGAAAAGGUGGUCCAGGACUCACUUGCGCGCGCACGUGCAGCUGGUAACCCAGAACCAGAUGACAAAGCAUCCCUCUCGACCCUUGAUUUUCUCAUGAGAGGCAAACGCAAGACACAGACGUUUGUUGUACUACGCGAUGACUCUGACGACGAGAUGCUCAUUCCACAUGCCCGUUCCUUCCACAUCACCAGUGAUGGUCUUCGCAUCCAGCCGACCCCUGCAUCCCCACGAAAAGGGACUUUGACUCGCGAUUCCCCUCCUCCUCAGUACGAUUGGAACCCAAGUGCCUUGCACGAAGAGGGUGUGGAUGAUAUCCUAGCUCUUGAUCAACCCGCUCAGGAAGAAGAAGUCGCGCCGGUUUCAGAUGUUGCUGGAAAGGUCGCUGCAAAACGCUAUCCAACCUCGGAUGCACCACUCCUUGAUUGGGCCGGUCAAGGAAAGGGGGAUCCUGGAUUUAGGGAUGAGUUCCUCUUGGAGAUGUUGCGUCUGGAAGGUCGUGGCGAUGGGGGGGUACUCGAGUGUCGUAGCUGUUGCCUUCAGCGGCACCAUUACCUGCCACUUCACAUCAUCCAGGAAUGGAACCAGACUUUCUUCCAAAAAACAACACUGAGGGAUAUGGGACUACGUGUGCAACUCGGGCACAUGGGUUCCCCUUGCCUGGUCCCGAGGCCAGGUCACAAGGACUUUAUAGUCCUUCAUACAAACGGCUUACACUACGUCGCGGUCGAUUUUUGUGGCUGUGACCACCGCAUAACAAGUCGGCAACAACUACUCCGAGUCGAGUGGUAUCCGGCAACUGUCCACUACCCACAGACUUGCGCCACUUUUCGCCUACUCGAGCUCUUCCACACAGUCACCCUUACUGGGAAGCUGUCAGCUCAUGAAUUCUACAAAGCGCUCGAGCAUCUCACGGACAACACUAGCCUCAAUGUUCCUAAGAACCUGAUGCGGUUGUCGAUCAAGAAGGACCCUGGCUUACAUACCGGAAUGGCUUAUUUCACCGACGACGAGCCAUACUGCAAGCACAUUUUGAAGUACACGACACAAAAGGAUAUUAGCUCUUGCAGCAGAUUCAGAACCUUGGCCCAUGCUGAAACCAAAUUUUCAGCGGGGCUGCGCUCAACAGGGGUCGGCAUGGCUUUGUGCGCCCGUCACGAAAUUAACACGAUCACAUAUUGCAACAUGGAUUACAUCCUGCUGUUGGGGCUCGCUCCCGUACUGGUCCUCGGCAUUUUUAUAUCAUAUGACAUCGCCUGCCAGUUCAAAGUUAAUUUUUUUAACCACAUGGAAGCUCUCCCCGACCACCUAAAAUUACCCGAUGGCGUUUCCACCAAUUGGGGCAUACCUAAGUGCCACUGCCCCAUGCAUAAACUACCAUGUCAAGCACCGCAUUCACUGGACUUCAAGCCAGGUGUGGGGCGAACUGAUGGCGAGGGGAUUGAGCGGAGUUGGGCCGAGAUGAACCGAGUGGCCAAUAGUACCAAGGAGAUGGGCCCAGGAUCUCGGCAUGACACGCUUGAUGACCAUUUCGGUCACCAUAAUUGGAGGAAGUAUGUCUCACUCGGGACCACGUUACAUUCCCGACUGCUGCUGGCCGUUCACUAG